UAUCGGGUACUUUGCGCGAAGAUUGAAAUUCGCGACGACUCUCAAAAAGACGACAGAAUUAAUCAUUUUUUCUACAACAUAGUGCAGCUCAAGACAGGAAAAUAGUCAUGGAUUCCGUAGAAGAUUUGGAGUUACUGAAUGAGAACAUGAAGAGACUUGCUCUGAAUGAAGACUGUGAGAUGAAAGGAUAUGGAAGUGAAUGGUGGCAUAUCAAAGCAGUGACUGUUGGGGAAACAUUAUUGAAAGACCUCUUUUGUUCUAGCAAACAUAACAAGAGGAUCGCCUUGUUACAGAAACAGGAGAGACAACAUGAUACCUCACAGCACAAUGGUGACACAUCUUAUGAGUCUGAAUUGGAUGAAUCUAAGAAAGAAAUGAAAGAUCCUAGUUCAUGUAGUUUCCUGAUAGGAGAUGACAAAGACAAUCAUCUUUUGUCAGUGGAAGAUGCCAGGAACAUCCUGACAAUGUACAUGAUGCUACACAGUCCCUUGGUACAGGCAAACAACCAAGUUGAAAGAGAGUCUCUCCUCCCACUAUGGAUCCUGUGUGAUGGGAAAGAUCCAGAAAGAACCAGUUUGAUCGGGUGUGAAUUGGCUCAUACCGGUUCAAGUCAAGAGUUAGACAACAAUCCAUUCAUCAUUACCACUGUCUUAUCAGAAGAUCCCAUUUCUAGCAAGUCAGAUGUUCCAACUUUACAUCAGGUUCUUUUAGAGGCUCAUGAAGACUCGGCAUCAAAGUUUAUAUCAAGUCAAGGGUUUGCUCGGUAUGAAGUGGUUAGCCAGCUAACAGCAGAUACAACUUUAGCCGAGAUUAGCGAGUCUUCCUUCACAGCAGUAGAAUGUACAUGGAACCAAGUCAAGAAGAUACUGGAGAGACCACGUGAUGCUACCUGUAAAGUGCUGAUAUGCGCUGUGCCUGGUGACAUGAGAUUCACACCCUUGGAAGUCUACAAGGAAUUAUGCUUAUUAAAGAUGUUUGCUGAUAGCAUAGAAACAGGAGAAGUAAACUGGAUGACACGUGAGAAGACAAGCUCCAUUCAAGAUCUAAUAACAAACUUCCUGGAUGAGAUCAAGGAUGGACCCAUUUAUAAAAGGAAGACUGGCGAUGAUGCUGAUGAUUACGAUGCUCAGCUCUGUUGGAAGGCAGCAUUUGAUAGAAGUGAUUUAGAUUUCACUGAAAGGCUUUGGAAUAUCCUCAGGAAUAAUGCUACAUGCUAUGAUGACAUCACUACUGCCUUCAACAUGGUGAUCAGUGAAUUAAACAGAGGAGAGAUACAGCCAAUGGUCCACAGCAGUAAUGAAACAUCAUUGGCAAAGGAGAUUAGGACAUUAUACAAAGACCCAUCGCAUAUAUUCAGUCAAGACUAUUCUCCCAUGACACACCUUGUAGAGAUAGCCAUUGACAAACUUCAGAGAGACUAUACAAACUUCUUCCUCGCCCAGAAGCUGACAACCCUGUAUUCUUUAGAAUGGUUUGUUCCAUCUGUUGAUCUCUUGACACCUAGUGAACUGAUCAAGAGGUUAAGAAGUCUGCAUUGUAUUCUUGAGGUCUCCAUGCUAGCAUCUCAAACUCUUGGUCUUCCUACUAAUAACAUCCUCACACUUAUCAGAAAUGCCCUGGAGUACUACAGGAAUAAUUCCCCCGAUGUUCAGCAUACAUUUGUACUUCCUGUGGAGCAGACAAGUGUUGUCAACUUGUACCAAACUCAGUUACCAAGUGUGUGGAGAUUGACUGCACAGUGUGGAGGUAGAGGUGAUAAGAGUAGUUCAGUAUACCAACUCACAUCAAGACCUUUCAUUGAGAGCAUCAACCAAACUACAGAAAUAACCAUGACUAAAGAAAGUGAUGAUCAGGAACCGUUCCACUACUAUGUGACACAGAUGAAAAGAGACCUUGAGCCAUUUAUGCCUGUCACUGAUUUUGAGACCAACCAGAAUGUAUGAAAAAUAUCUACAAACCUAAAAUCUUCCUUUUAAUGGACAUCUAUUGCAUGGUUCUGCAGUAGGGCAUUGAUAAAUGAUGUAUCUAUCCAUUACCUACUGGAACAUAGUGGUAUACCUAAACAAAGGAAAUAAAGUUUGACAAAACUCAGUAGUUCAGGCUCAGAUGGUCAUGACAAGAGCUUUGCAAGGGGCUACACUGUACCAAGAUUUUGAGAUACUGCCCCAUAAAUGCUAUAGUUUGCACUGCUGGUGGACCCUGCCCCCUUCCUUGUUUGUGGGAAGUGGUCUAAAUUAGAAGCCGCAAUGAACUAAAUAGGACUGCACUGAAGGCUCAACCUUACUAUUAUGGUUAAGUUGUAAUAAGGGCUAGACUUGUCUCAUGACACACCUGUUGAUGACAGUGUCAACUAGGGUCUGUGUCUGUAGACUAUGCAUGCCUCUCAUUGCAAGCACUCCUCCCUCAUCUGAGUCAAUCAGAUUGACCUGAUGGAAAUCUCCCACACUCUAAAGAUGUUCAUAAUAUUUCAACAUCUAAUGCUGUUAGCUCUUAGAAAAUGAACUUACAUGUAUUUGGUACAUUACUACAAAUGCAAUUGUUUUUCUGUAAUAUUUGUGUCGAAAAAGAAAAGGAUUUGUCAUGAAAGUUAAACUUACCAAAGCAAAUAUAAUUUGAGAAUCUUGGUGAAGGAUCAUUCCUCUAAAAACACAGUUUAGCAGUUGAUUGUGCAAUAGAAUUUUGGAUUAUCACAUAAUUAUCAAUACGGUCUGUCAUGAAUGUCAUGCUUGUGUUUUGUGGAACAAUGCAAAAUGUUUUGAUAUACCUUUGGCCAUUUUCUGGCGGUGUGUCAGUUAAAGUACACACAACUUUUCUCAUGUCUUCUUUCAUGACCCUUGAGCUAGUUGAUACAUGUACAACCCAAAUAUUCCCGGUGAGUUUAUAACAUAGUGGAAGUUAAUUUAUCUGUUACCGUAAUCAAUUUUUAGAAACAGUUGUAGCACAUUACAUUCAGAUGCUUAUUAAACAAUGAGAAUCUUAAUCUUACCUGUAAGCGAUCUGAUUUCAACUUGAACUGAUAUUAAAAAAUUAAAUGAUUAAUGAUAUUAAAAAUAAUUGAGAGUCCAAUACAUUAUAUGUGUCAUGUUGUAGUUGUGAGUCACUGAUAAAAACAGAUUCACUUGGGCCUGAUUGAUUCUAAGGUUUCAUGCAGGAGGGGUGUAAUGUAAGGUUGCAUUUUGAUUGCUUAGCUAUGAUGCAGUAUCAUUUUUUCUCAACUUGCAAGAUGGCCUAUAAAAGAUUUUCAAAUGUGAUUAGUAUUUCAUGGAAUUGAAGAUAAAGAAUAGAUAUAGUGAGAGUAUCUAAUGAUUAAGAAUCAGAUUUAGGUCAAUUUCUUUCUUUCUUUCUUUGUCAGCUUUACAAGGACAAUUGAUUUCUACUUAAUAACGAUGCCCAUUAUUAAUCACUGUAAUCAUCAUUAUGUUGGAGGGCAGUGAUUUUAUAUUGAUUCAUCUACAUGGUCAUUGAUUCAAAGCUAAAUACAUGUAAUUUACAUAAUUUACUAUUCUUAUGAGGAAAAGUAUAAUUCAUAAUGAGAGUAUUUAGAAUCCAACCCAAAUAAACAGUUGUAUCAUGGAGCUAUUAGGGGACAAAAAUCAGACCAAUAGGUAGGUGAAUCUUUUAUCAACACUGACAAACAAAAAGAAAUUUAAGAAUUUUUGUGUAAAAAUUGAUAUUCACACCUUCAUGAAUGGGGACUUCAAAUUGGCCCCAUUUGUGAUGUUUAUUGUUAUAGUGAUGUAAUCCAAGUACUACUCUUCCAUUUACUCCAUACAUAAAAUGUCUUUAAUUUAUGUUUUUCUUUCAUGAUAACAUACAGUAGUAUGCUACCUGUGUGAUAUUUUGAUUACUGGCCGAGGGGAAUAGGUACAGUUGUCCUCAAAAUUAUUCAUACCCCUUGUGGAAAAACAUUCUUUGGUAGAUUCGUUACUUGUAAAAGCUAUUAUGAUGUAACUUUCUUUGUAUCUUUUGUCUGCUUGUUGCUAUGCAUGAUUUGACAUAUGAGCUGGCAAGUCUUCAUUAGCAUAAUAAUAGA